AUAGUCUCGUCUGAAGCUGGUUCCAUCACUUUGCGGCACGAGAGCGAAGGCGGGACAUCAUGCCUCAGUUUGAAACGACGUGAAUGCCGAUGGGAUCGCCGUCGGCCUUGUUCAUCCAGCGUUCAUGAGGAUCGUGGCCGAGAUGACCGCCGGCGUGGGGUUCGAUAUAUCUGUGUUGAGCGCCUCGAGGACCAGGGUAUAUGUUCAUUCCAGAAUCCAGAACUGAGAAAAGGCUCUUCCUGCCCCUUUCAGGGACUGUUGAUUGACUUUCACAGGGAUACCGGCACUGCAGACCCUAUUUUCGGACUCGAGGACAAAUUACCCACUCCUUUAACUUAA